UUCGCUUCUCCUGCGCAUGCGCCCGCGCUGCCCGACUUUGGAGAGUCGCCGCCUCAGGUUGGACUUGGACUGGCUGCCAUCUUAGGCGAGGAGCCGUCGCCUCUCGGGCUGGUUCAUGUACUCCUUUCUGUGGUAUGGCUGGUAAUGGAUCAAGAUCAGAAUCUUUCAGUGGAUUAACUAUGAAAUCACAGCUUCAAAUCACUGUUAUUUCUGCAAAAUUGAAAGAAAACAAAAACAAAUGGUUUGGACCCAGCCCUUAUGUAGAAGUCACUGUUGAUGGACAGUCUAAGAAGACAGAAAAAUGCAACAAUACUAAUAGUCCAAAAUGGAAGCAACAUCUUACAGUAAUUGUCUCUCCUAUCAGCAAACUAAUUUUUCGUGUAUGGAGUCACCAGACAUUGAAAUCUGAUGUCUUAUUGGGGAGUGCCACACUAGAUAUUAAUGAGACACUGAAAGCAAACAAUAUGAAACUUGAAGAUGUGGUUAUGAACAUGGUGCUUGUUGGAGACAAAGAACAUAGUGAUGGGAUUGGAGAGCUGUCUGUUUGUUUAGAUGGUAUGCAAGUAGAUCCUGAGCUUCUAAUUAAUGGAGAUUCCUCAAGUAUAAAAAGUCCUACACAGAACGACGGCUCCAGAGUAAAAAAUGAAGCAAGGAAUAACAUAAAUGUUCCUGAGAAUAGUGAAGCUUCUGAGUCCAAUGAAAGCAGGGUGCCGAAUGGCAGUGAUUCUCCACUAAUUGCCAAUGGAGGAUUUAGGCCUCCUAGACCUCCCAGACCCUCUCGACCUCCUCCACCCACUCCACGCAGACCCUCUGCCCCAUCUGCAUGUGUCAACAGUGCUUCUUCCACAGAAUCCGAAGGAACUGGUGCAGAACAAGUUCCAGCUGCAAAAAAUUCAACAUCAGAACCAAGCACUGAUGGAGCAACAGCAGGAACAGUUGUCCCUGCAACAGCACCUUUGACAACACCCCCAGUUUCAAGACAAGUUCAGCCAGUCACUCCAGUUUCACAGCCACAUCAUGCAGUGAGUCAAGGUCCUCUUCCACCUGGUUGGGAACAGAGAGUGGAUCAGCAUGGUCGAGUAUAUUAUGUAGAUCAUGUAGAGAAAAGAACAACAUGGGAUAGGCCAGAGCCUCUUCCUCCAGGUUGGGAGCGCCGAGUUGACAACAUGGGGCGGAUUUAUUAUGUUGACCAUUUCACCCGAACAACAACCUGGCAGCGGCCAACUUUGGAAUCUGUCCGAAACUAUGAACAAUGGCAACUUCAGCGCAGCCAACUUCAAGGAGCUAUGCAACAGUUCAACCAGAGAUUCAUAUAUGGGAAUCAAGACUUCACACAGAGCAAAGAGUUUGAUCCCCUUGGUCCCCUGCCACAUGGAUGGGAAAAGAGAACUGACAACAAUGGCAGAGUAUAUUUUGUCAAUCAUAAUACACGCAUCACACAAUGGGAAGAUCCUAGGAGUCAAGAUCAGUUAAAUGAGAAACCUUUACCAGAAGGCUGGGAGAUGAGAUUCACAGUGGAUGGAAUUCCAUAUUUUGUGGAUCAUAACAGAAGAACAACAACAUAUAUAGAUCCGCGCACUGGAAAGUCUGCUCUAGACAAUGGACCUCAGAUAGCUUAUGUACGUGAUUUCAAAGCAAAGGUCCAGUACUUCCGGUUUUGGUGUCAGCAAUUGGCUAUGCCCCAACACAUAAAAAUCACAGUGAGCAGAAAAACAUUGUUCGAAGAUUCAUUUCAGCAAAUAAUGAGCCUCAGUCCCCUGGACCUCCGAAGACGCCUAUGGGUCAUUUUUCCUGGAGAAGAAGGAUUAGAUUAUGGAGGUGUUGCACGGGAAUGGUUCUUUCUGUUGUCGCAUGAAGUGCUGAACCCAAUGUAUUGCCUGUUUGAAUAUGCAGGGAAGGAUAACUACUGCCUACAGAUAAACCCAGCGUCUUACAUCAAUCCAGAUCACCUCAAAUACUUCCGCUUUAUUGGCAGAUUUAUUGCCAUGGCUUUGUUCCAUGGGAAAUUUAUAGACACGGGUUUUUCUCAACCAUUCUACAAACGUAUCCUCAACAAGCCUGUUGGCUUGAAAGAUUUGGAAUCUGUAGAUCCAGAGUUCUAUAACUCUCUCAUCUGGGUAAAGGAAAACAAUAUUGAGGAAUGUGGCUUGGAAAUGUAUUUCUCGGUCGAUAAAGAAAUUCUAGGUGAAAUAAAGAGCCAUGACUUGAAACCUAAUGGCAGCAAUGUCCUGGUAACUGAAGAAAACAAGGAAGAAUACAUUAGACUGGUAGCUGAAUGGAGGCUUUCCCGGGGUGUUGAAGAACAGACACAAGCUUUCUUUGAAGGUUUCAAUGAGAUCUUACCACAGCAGUACUUGCAGUAUUUUGAUGCCAAGGAACUUGAGGUGCUUUUGUGUGGAAUGCAGGAGAUUGACUUGAAUGACUGGCAAAGGCAUACCAUCUACCGGCAUUAUACAAGGACAAGCAAGCAAAUUGUGUGGUUUUGGCAGUUUGUGAAGGACAUUGAUAAUGAGAAGAGAAUGAGAUUAUUACAGUUUGUCACAGGAACAUGCCGAUUACCAGUCGGAGGAUUUUCUGACCUCAUGGCAAGCAAUGGACCCCAAAAGUUCUGUAUUGAAAAAGUUGGUAAAGAAAAUUGGUUACCUAGAAGCCAUACUUGUUUCAACCGCUUGGACUUGCCACCAUACAAGAGUUACGAACAACUGAAGGAAAAGCUUUUGUUUGCAAUAGAAGAAACAGAAGGAUUUGGACAAGAGUAACACUUGAUGGGAAUUUGCACCUGAAGAACGUAAAUUCCUAUAUGGGGUGCAUUCUUCACUGCCUCUGCUAGUUGCACUUCUUACUGUAAACAGGACUUGAUUUUGAUUCAUUUGAACAAUUGCUAGUGUGUAAGUAAAUGGAUGUUACUCUGCCA